ACCCUCUCUCCCAUUAAAACAGAAUAUAGAAUUCUUCAAAAGAUGCUAGAGGACUCUCCAAAGAGUAUUGAAAAAGCUGAAGCCGAGAAAUUAGUGGAGCUUUUUAAAGAUCUACCGGAGUGUGAAAAUGUUCUUAAUGAACUGUUCGGUCGUUCAAACAUUCCCAAAAAUGAAGCUUUCGAAUGUGGUGAGGCUGUAGCGGUGACAGGGAGAGGCGAACGAGGAGGAGUAGGUGUAGAAGAGAGAGUUGGAGGUGGAGGAGGAGGACGUGGCAGCAGCAGUGGUUUCACCGGCAAGUUGGAAACCCGUCUGCACAUCACAGACUUGGAGUUACUCCAAGAUAUAUUUAUGAUCGAACAAGAAGGUACCUACACCUGUAUCAAUCUGACCAAGGAGCAAUUCUGCGAUUCUUUGACGUCUCUGCUGAACAAAGGCACCAGACAAGAGUAUGCAGAACUGUUUGAAAAGAUCGAUGUGACAUGUGAGGGCUUUGUCAACUGGGACAAACUCGGGUCCCAUAUGCUCCAUGAGUUUUACGAGCGAGAAGACAGGGUGAAAGCCUCCCAGAUUCCACAAUGGAAAGAUCUGAAGGUUCUUUCCAGUCCUCAUAAAGAGACAAUCCAGAGGGUGACCUACCUGAAGAAUUCUCACAAGUAUUUGGUCAUCAGUAAGGAAGGAAUAGCCUCCAUUUGGAACAGUAACCUCCAACAGCAGAGAUGUGAGAAGCUGACCACUGAGUCCUGCCGGUCAAAAGACCUCUGGGUCACACACUUCACGCCCAUGCUGAACACCAAUAAAAUGGCUGUGGCCUAUACCAGCAAGGAGAUUGCUAUCUAUGACCUGAGUAACAAGAUUGAAUUCAACAGACUCUAUAAAAUCAAGGAGUUAAAAUAUACUCCUCUUUGCCUCGACUACUGGUCAAGCAAUGACAGUUCUAAUGAGGCAUACCUGGUGUGGGGCGAUGUCGGUGGCUUUGUCAACAUCUUACACUUUAAUUCCAUAAACAUUGCUCUCUUCCAACGACCGUCAGCACAUUCGGAGAGCGAGAUCUGUCUGACAGUGCCACUGAGCAAUGUGACCAAAGGCAUCUACAGGAACGUCACCUACACCAAGUACCAAGCCCAUACAGACUGGGUGAAACAAGUUGGGUAUCUUCAGUUUUUGGACUGUUUCAUAUCUUGUUCCACGUCUUGGAAGGAUGCUUUGGUUCUGGGAUGGAUGGAGAAACACGUUGUCACUUCAGAAAUUCUAAGUAAAUCAGAGAAGAGACAAGAAGCAAGAAAGAUACAAAAAAUGGUCAACUUCCAAAUCCCUCAAGGCAUCAACAACUUCCACUACAGCCCACAGUUCAACCUGAUUGCUACAGCUGGGGUCAACCACAAGAUCUGUCUCUGGAACCCUUAUGUGAAGUCCAAACCCAAUGGGAUCCUCCAAGGUCACAUGUCCAGUGUUGUGGUUGUCCACAUUUGGUCCAGCAGGAGUCUGCUCUUCAGUUUCUCCAAAGACAAGGCACUGAGAAUCUGGGACAUUCAACUGCAAGUCUGUGUGCAGCGUUUAGUUGGAAUGUUCCCCAAGGUCGGUGACGUUUUCAUCAGUUUGUUCCUGGACGAAGUGACUGACCACAAAGAGGCCAGCAACACUGGCAGCAGUACUAAUAACAGUACCAGUAGUAGUAGUAGUAGCAGCAGCAGCAGUAGCAAUAGGGAAUCAAACCGUCUGUUCCUCACUUUUGGUCCCAUCUUCACUGUGAUUGAAAUGAAAAAUGAAUGCCGCAACCGAGUGGUGAGUCAUGAAACUGUGGUUGUGGCUGUAGCGUACAGUCCAUCUUACAAUCAGGUGGUCAGUCUUUCACAAGAUGGCACUCUGACAUUCUGGAUGCUAGACAGCGGUCAAAAAGUCAAACAUCUCUCUAAUAUACACGAGAAGGCUGAGAUGCUGUCCUUGGCUCUAGAUCCCAACACCAACAAGUUGUACACGAGUUCAACUGAUGGCUGUGUCAAGGUGUGGGACUUCAAUGGACACUGUUGCCAUAAGCUAAUAUGUGCUGGAGGUCAAGAGGCUGAAAUUGGCCAAGUCAGUGUGUUGAAGGGCAGUGUUGCUGCUGUUGGAUGGAAAAGAUCUAUCACUGUUUUCCGUAACGUAGAAAUGAAGGACUUCAUUGUGAACCCUUCAGAGUGGAAAGGACUUGAGAGUCACGAAGAUGACAUCCUUUGCAUGGCAUUUUCCCCACCAUGCACACUUGUGACAGGGGCAUACAAUGGGGAGAUAAUCAUGUGGAACACUAAAUCGGAACUGGCAACAGGUUACAUGAGACAAAGAUGCCGUCCACAGCUGUCGCAGUCAUUCCGAAGUGCAACUUCGGGGACAGUCAGAUCUUCUGCUGGGGCCAGGAAUUCUGGGAGAAAGACUGGUUCAUCCCGAAACAGGUCACGAAUAUCAUCGUGCCGUAGCGAAGACUAUUAUGAUGAGCAAAAUGAAUUUGGCUGGACUGUGGUGAAUGUGCAUCUCCUGGAUAGUCGCAAGUGCCUGGAUGUCAACUGCGCGAAUUUGGUCUCUUGUGGGGGAAAUGGCUGGGUCAGAUUUUGGAACACUGACCAGUGUUUGCUGAUGGCUGAGUUUGUGGCCCAUAAGCAGGCUGGCAGUAUAACGAUGACAGUGGGAUCCAUGGAUACAUACCUGAUAACUGGAGACAUCCAAGGUUGGAUCAAGGUCUGGGAUAUAUCGGAUUAUGCCACGGAUCUUUCUCCAUCUACACUGGAUAUUCCACCUCCAUUAUUGACCACGUUCCAGCCUCACACCGAUAUGGUCAACAGUCUGCGCCUCUGUGAACGUAACCAGUGUCCAUUUAUCGUCUCUGCCUCCUCCGACUCUACAGUGGUCAUCUCACACAUUAAUGGACAACAGAUCGGUGUCUUUGGUCAGGAGGGACAUUGGAAACUUGAUCCCUGCGUCAGGAUUGAACCAGAGACCAAGAUGUCUUCAUUCCCUCAAGACAAAGAGGAAGAUGAUGAUAAUGAAGACGAAGAGGAUGAAGAAGAAGAAGAAGAAGAAGAUGGAAAAGAAGAGAUUGCUAUGAGUAAUUUGGAACAGGGUGAAGAAGAAGAAGCCAUCGCGAACCCAGAGAUGUUCCGAUGGAAUACUUGGGAGAAGACCAUUCUUGGUAAAGAUUAUCAGGAAGUCCGUGUCAAAAAACGCCGCCGACGGCAACCAGGCAAGUUAACCAACUGUCAGUUGACCUGGGAGAAAGCUGGACCUUAUUCGGAAUCCACUCUUGAAUUUUAUGUGGGAACCACUUUCCAAGUAUUAGAAGUUGUUGAUGUUGUUGCAUGUUCCACAUCUCCUAUCUCCACAUUCUUUUACUAA